AUCUACCACAACAUCCAAUUCAUGUCUUCAUCGUUGCUUCGCAGGCGCGUCUGUUCUCUACGCAGAUUGCCGGUUGUCCAGACUUCAAAACAGCGAGCAUGGGUGUCGACGACUUCUGCCAUCAAUCGCGGUCUUCGUGCCACGAAAGAUGAUGGCCGAGAAUACAGAGGAGGCAAAGACUGGUCUACGAGAGCUCGAGCCUCAGCGCGAGACGCCCGAGAUUCACGAAUUCCCAAGCCUCCACCCGAGGACCGGAGACGUCUGAGUGCUUACACUGGACAUGAAACUGGAGCUCGGAAUGCAUAUGUAGGCCGCAGUGGCACGCCUCGAGAUGCCCGCCCCGCGAUCUCUGCAUCUCGAGACCGCGGUGGCCGCAGACCAAGCCAAGCAUUCAAUCCUGGUCGACGAGAGCGAGCUGAAAUGACAGCAGCGCGGUCCAGCACAUCUGAUGGAAAUUCUACAAGGUUCUCAGUAAUUGAAGCAUCACGAUCUAGAGCGGAGUCCGAUCUUGGCUUUCGAGGGCAGCCCAAUUCUCGCGCACAGCCCAAACCUGCUGAAGGUCUAUUGAGAUUGAUCAAGAAUGCAUGUCGUCAGAUUCAUUUCUUGCAGCAACAGCAAGAAGCUGGAGAGAGCCAUAGCGUGGAUGAGCUCAUAAGGGACGCAAGAUCGUCUCUCAAAGCAGUGAACUCUUACAUUACCUCAGGUUCAUUUCAGGAAGAAGAACCAGCAGAAGCUGUUGUCUCUCUUUUCCGCAAAAAGGCCAGGGCUGGAACGUUCUUGGCAGGUGAAAUGCCUGAUGGCGAAAAGAGUGUCAUCUACGUGACCAAAGACGGUGUCAUCGAUCUGGCAGUAGGCAAGACUGCACCAGUGCGCACCAAACCCAGAGAUGCAAGACCUACUAUUGCGCGGGAGCCAGAUAACACUAGGCAUGAUCGCCGCGAAACACGAGGCACUGAUCGAUCAGUACGUGCAAAACGACCGGCCAAUGAAGAUGAAGAGGUGCCAGUCUCGAUACCGUACACCACAGCAGCAAGCGAAUUUCUCUAUGGCUACAACAGCGUCCUUGCGGCGCUCAAAGCACAGCGUCGGAAGCUGUAUAAAUUGUACAUUCACCCCAAGAUUUUCGAUGCAGACAUCGGAGCCCAAGGCACGGAGUCUGGAGACAAGCCAGGCAGCGAGCUGGUAGCGCUUGCGAAACAGGCAGGCAUUCCCUUCCGCAACGAAUUCAAGACUGCGAUGCUAGACAAGAUGUCAGAUGGUCGCCCGCACAAUGGGGUCAUCUUGGAGGCAUCGAAACUACCUGCAGUGCCAGUGACUGGCCUUCGCAAACCGGAGUCUAGCAAAGGCUUGAUUCCGAUCGAAUUGAGCUCACAGACGGCCGAAGACGCAAAGAUCAAUGGCAGCCCCAGAGUCAUCAACGCUCUGAGCGGCGGCUGGCGUCAUCCUUUCAUCGUCAUGCUCGACGGCAUUACUGAUCCUGGUAACGUGGGCAACAUCAUCCGCACCUGUCACUUCUAUGGCGUCGAUGCUGUCGCGGUCGCCACUAAUACCUGCGCAAACUUGUCAUCUGCUGUGUUAGCAAAAGCCUCGGCUGGAGCUUGCGAAGCUAUGCGACUACUUUCUGUAUCGCAGCCCUCGAAUUUCGUACACGACUCUUCAAAAUACCGAUGGAAAGUCUAUGCUGCAGUGGCACCCACUGGCAAGGCGGACUUCUCUGGACAAUUCCUUAGUACGUCCCAUGUGUCUGCCGACAGUCCAUUAGCAAAGCACCCAUGUAUUUUGAUGCUCGGAGCGGAAGGCGAAGGAUUGAGACAGAAUCUGCGCAAUCGUGCUGACUACUUCGUGUCUGUUGAGGGUGGUCAGAGGGCUGAGAGUGUGCCAGACGUCGGUGUCGACAGCAUGAAUGUUGGCGUAGCGACUGGAGUUCUGUUGGAAGCAUUCUUGCGAAAGCCUCCAAGCGCACCUGACAAUGUUGCGACUGCGGACGAUUUGUAAGAUAACAACCGGGUGGCUACAGAGCUGCAGCCAUAAACUUGUACAUUAAGGUAUUGCAUGACCAUGCCUCUAUAGAUAAUGAAGUCCAUCUCUACGCCUU